CCGCACGUGAGCUGGGUGCUGGUCUGGCCGGCGACGCGCGUGCCCUGUGGCCAAACACUGCCCGGAGUGAGAGCAAACUACCAGCGCAGUGGGGACGGCGCGAGUGUGCGUGCGUGUGUGUGCGUGUGUGCGAGAGAGCGAGCGCGGUGGGAGGGGGGGAACCAACUGCUUCACACUUUCAACACUGCACUGAAGAAGGGAGAGAGAGAGACUGGAGACGCACAGAUCCCCCCAAGAUCUCCCAAAGCUAUCGUCCCACAGAUUAUAGAACAGAACCCCAAAAAUCGAAACAGAGGAAGCGGACAGCGGUUGAACAUGGACGAAGGAAUUCCUCAUUUGCAAGAGAGACAGUUACUGGAACAUAGAGAUUUUAUAGGACUGGACUAUUCCUCUUUGUAUAUGUGUAAGCCCAAAAGAAGCAUGAAGCGAGACGAUAGCAAGGAUACCUACAAAUUACCGCACAGAUUAAUAGAAAAGAAAAGAAGAGAUCGAAUUAAUGAAUGCAUUGCUCAGCUGAAAGAUUUACUGCCUGAACAUCUGAAGUUGACAACUCUGGGGCAUCUGGAGAAAGCGGUAGUCUUGGAAUUAACUUUAAAACACUUAAAAGCUUUAACAGCCUUAACCGAACAGCAGCAUCAGAAGAUAAUUGCUUUACAGAAUGGGGAGCGAUCUCUGAAAUCGCCCAUUCAGUCCGACUUGGAUGCGUUCCACUCGGGAUUUCAAACAUGCGCCAAAGAAGUCUUGCAAUACCUCUCCCGGUUUGAGAGCUGGACGCCUAGGGAGCAGCGGUGUGUCCAGCUGAUCAACCACUUGCACGCCGUGGCCACCCAGUUCUUGCCCACCCCCCAGCUGUUGACUCAACAGGUUCCUCUGAGCAAAGGCUCCGGCGCGCCCUCGGUCGCCGCCCCCGCAGGGUCCGCGGCCGCCCCCUGCCUGGAGCGCGGGGGGCAGAAGCUUGAGCCCCUCGCCCACUGCGUGCCGGUCAUCCAGCGGACUCAGCCUAGCGCCGAGCUCGCCGCCGAGAACGACACGGACACCGACAGCGGCUACGGCGGCGAGGCCGAGGCGAGGCCGGACCGCGAGAAGGGCAAGGGCUCCGGGGCGGGCCGCGUCACCAUCAAGCAGGAGCCCCCCGGAGAGGACUCGCCGGCGCCCAAGAGGAUGAAGCUGGAUUCUCGCGUUGGCGGCGGCGGCGGCGGCGGCCUGGGGGGCGGCGCGGCGGCAGCGGCGGCCGCGCUCCUGGGGCCCGACCCGGCCGCCGCCGCAGCACUGCUGAGACCCGACGCCGCCCUGCUCAGCUCGCUGGUGGCGUUCGGCGGAGGCGGGGGCGCGCCCUUCGCGCAGCCCGCCGCCGCCGCGGCCGCCGCGGCCCCCUUCUGCCUGCCCUUCUACUUCCUCUCGCCUUCUGCGGCGGCCGCCUACGUGCAGCCCUUCCUGGACAAGAGUGGCCUGGAGAAGUACCUGUACCCGGCGGCCGCCGCCGCCCCGUUCCCACUGCUGUACCCCGGCAUCCCCGCGCCCGCGGCCGCCGCCGCCGCAGCCGCCGCCGCAGCCGCCGCCGCCGCCUUCCCCUGCCUGUCGUCGGUGUUGUCGCCCCCUCCGGAGAAAGCCGGCGCCGCCGCCGCGACCCUCUUACCGCACGAGGUGGCGCCCCCUGGGGCGCUGCACCCCCCGCACUCGCAUGGCCGCACCCACCUGUCCUUCGCCGGCGCCCGCGAGCCCGGGAACCCGGAGAGCUCCGCUCAGGAAGAUCCCUCGCAGCCAGGAAAGGAAACCCACUGAAUCCUCGCCCCCUUUCUUAGACAGGACGAGGGUUGUCGCGGAAUAAUAAUAUUAAUAAGUAAAACACCCUUAACGUUUUUAAGGGAGGAAGUGUAAUAGAUGCACGACGGGCUUUUAAAACAACAACACAGGUGUUUUGUGUACAUUCGGAGUUCCUGUUUUGCUCACCCCUCACCACCCCACCCUCCGCACACUAACGGCCCUUUCUUCCCUCACCAGCUAUAAAAGAACCUCUGCAAUAUUGAUACUUUCUUUAAAGAAUUCGCCCAAAUCAGUUUUGCCUUUCUUUAGGCCAUGUUCCAUUAUAUUUUUAAAAUGCAGAACCUAUUUCCGGAGGGAGAAGGGUCUGCUCCGUGGGGGAGCUGACGGAACCAGGGUAGGGGAACUGGGGCCCAGGAGUUGACCUCCAAAAGCCAGUGGGUAGUUCCUAUCAGCCCGCACGCAUAACUCUCCCACCUGCUUCAGGAGGCGUUCCACGGGCAGAAAGAGGAUCUUUCAGAAUUGAAUUUACUCUUCAGUAUUUUAUAAUGUUCAGCUUUUUAAAAGGCAUAUAUUUUUCAAAGAGGAAGAAGUGAGGAUCCAGUCACUUACGUUGCAACCUCUUCUGAAGUGGUUUGAAUGGUAUCCCUUAGUAACUUGCUCUUGUUUAAAGAGACUCAGAGUUGGGCUGUUGGCAGAACUGAGUCAGGGAAGGAGAUGGAUGAGGAAGGCCAGAAUCAUUCCUGGUACAUUUACUAGCACUUUAUGGAGAAAUUAACCGUGAAUUAAUUGACGUGUCUUAAUUUCAUUAUUUCAUAUAUAUAUACAUAUACAUAUAUGUAUAUAUAUAUAUAUAUAGUGCAUCUAUUCCCACCUUGUCAUUAUUUAAUUCACCAUGUUUUAAGUUGUUAUAAUCUUGCUGUAAAAAAAAAAAAAAAAGGAAUGUGCACUGAACUUAAAAACAAAUCCAAAAUGAUUUCUCCUAUUUUCUGUUAAAUAGCAAAAGUGGAGGAAAGCAUUAAACUGGUCAGUUUUGAUUGGAAAUGCUGUAAAGAUGUGGAAUGAAGCCUUGGGAGGCCUUCCUAUCUCCAAGUCUAUGUAUUUUCUGGAGACCAAACCAGAUACCAGAUAAUCACAAAGAAAGCUUUUUUAAUAAGGCUUAAACCAAGACCUUGUCUAGAUAUUUUUAGUUUGUUGCCAAGGUAGCACUGUGAGAAAUCUCACUUGAAUGUUAUGUAAGGGGUGAGACACAACAGUCUGACUAUAAGUGAAGAAAAUAUCUGGGUCUUUUAGUCAGUUUGGUGCAUUUGCUGCUGCUGUUGCUACUGUUUGCCUCAAACGCUGUGUUUAAACAACGUUAAACUCUUAGCCUACAAGGUGGCUCUUAUGUACAUAGUUGUUAAUACAUCCAAUUAAUGAUGUCUGACAUGCUAUUUUUGUAGGGAGAAACUAUGUGCUAAUGAUAUUUUGAGUUAAAAUACCUUUUGGGGAGGAUUUGCUGAAAAGUUGCACUUUUGUUACAAUGCUUAUGCUUGGUACAAGCUUAUGCUGUCUUAAAUUAUUAAAAAAAAAUAAAUACCGUCUGCAAGAAACCAGCUGGUUUAGAAAAUUUUAGUAUGUGAAGAUAAACUAGAAAUUAUCUUUAUAUUCUAGUAUUUUCAGCACUCCGUAAAUUCUAUUACCUAAAUAUUGCCACACUAUUUUGUGAUUUUAAAAUUCUUACUAAGGAAUAAAAACUUUAAUAUACGAUACAAGAUUGUCUAAUAAUUAAAAAGGCAUGAUGCUCCAUUAGUUUUAAGGUAUCUAUAAAUUUAGGGAUGAAAGUUAUUAACAUUCUCAGAUAUAUACAACUUUGUCAUUGACUUGAUAGCCCACGUUUCCAGUUUCUUACAAGCCUUCAGGCUCUGGCUGUGUCUGCCUACUUGUUUCCAAUGUAUCUCAAUGAAAAGUGCAAAAGAAAAACCUA